AUGGGUUCCCUCGGUCCAGACACCAAGAAGCCGUGGAUCCAAACACCAUGCAUCGCAUCAGCUACUCUGUCUCGCGCAGCAGGAUGCAACAUCUACCUCAAACUUGAAAACCUCCAACCCUCAGGCUCCUUCAAGUCCCGCGGCGUAGGCAACCUCAUGGUCCGCGCCGCCGCCGACGCGCCGGCCGACCAAGAAUCCCACUUCUACUGCUCCUCGGGCGGCAACGCCGGCCUCGCCUGCGCGACCUCGGCCAUCGCCCUCAACCGCAAGGCCACCAUCGUCGUGCCCAUGACCACCUCCCCGCUCAUGAUCUCCAAGCUGCGCCUCCUCGGCGCCGACGUCCGCCAGAUCGGCGCAAACUGGGCCGAGGCGGACGCCCACCUCCGCGAGGUGAUGCUCGCCAACGACCCGGCGGGCGUGUACGUGCCCCCCUUUGACCAUCCGCACGUCUGGGACGGCGCGGCCACUAUUGCCGAUGAGCUCGUCGCGCAGUUGGCAUCAUCAUCGCCGGGGAACGAGGUCGAAGUCAACGGGAUUGUGUGCUCCGUCGGCGGCGGCGGGUUACUAGCCGGUCUCGCGCAGGGCGUCGCGCAGAACCAGUGGCCAGGGAAGGAACCGCGGCUGAUGGCCGUGGAGACGGUUGGCGCGGACAGCCUCAACGCCAGCGUGCUCGCCGGUGAGCACGUCACGCUGCCAGGGAUCAAGUCCAUUGCGGGAUCGCUGGGUGCGGUGCGCGUUGCGGCGAGGGCGUGGGAGGUGGCGAGGGAUACGCCCGGGUUCCAGAGCGUGACGGUCACGGAUGCCGAGGCGGCGCUGGCGUGUGUGCGCUUUGUGGAUGACGCGCAGCUGGUGGUUGAGGUUGCUUGUGGUGCGACAGUUGCGACGGCGUACAACGGUGCGCUUAGGAAGCAUUUCGGUGCGGGCAUGUCGGACGAGGAGUGGGCGAAGCAGAACAUUGUGCUUAUUGUGUGUGGCGGUUCGAAUGUUACUAUGGAGAUGUUGAACGAAUACCGUUCAAAAUAUGGUCAUGCUUCAUGA